AUGGCGGUCACCGCCUCUGGUCGCAGUGACGGCACUCCAUCCUCCAGACUGGCGCUGCUCCACCACACGUCCGACGACACGACGGCGAACGACGGGAGCCCACUCGCGCUCGCGCUCGACUUACUCCCGGCACUGCCGGCGCUGCUGUUCGGCCUGUUGCUCGCGUGCAGCCUGGUCCGGCGGCAGGUGCACGGCGACCGCCCACGGGACGACCUGGCGUUCGUGGCCUUCGCCUACGCUGACCUCGCUGCGCUUUUCUGGUGCGCCCGCCGUGUAGAGCGGCUGACGGCGGCGGCGCCGUCUCCUGGCCCCGUGCGUGAGCGUGACGAGAGACGGCGGCGUCUUCAGGUCGCCGUGUGGGUCCUCUCCACCGCACUGAGCUGCGCGUUCGCUUACCGGGUGUCCCUGAUCAUGCCGCCCGCGUUGGUGCUCCUUGUCUGGGCCAUGGCGUCGUUCGUCGUGCUCAUCGGUUUCUAUGUCUUGGUACUUUGCGAGGAUCAAGGGUACCGUCUCGUGGAGGCUGCCGGAGACGGGGAAGACGGCGGCCUCGUCGACCAGAAGAAGAGUGGCGCUGGUGGCGGCGAAUUUGUUUAG